UCCCAGGUGAUGUUGGAAACUACUAUUAUGGCCAAGGACAUCCGAUGAAACCCCACAGGAUCCGGAUGACCCACAACCUACUGCUGAACUAUGGCCUCUACAGGAAGAUGGAGAUAUAUCGCCCUCACAAGGCAAAUGCAGAAGAAAUGACCAAGUACCACAGUGAUGACUACAUAAAAUUUCUGAGAUCUAUUCGCCCGGAUAACAUGUCUGAGUACAGCAAGCAGAUGCAAAGAUUUAAUGUUGGGGAAGACUGCCCUGUGUUUGAUGGGUUGUUUGAGUUUUGUCAGCUCUCUGCUGGAGGCUCAGUUGCCAGUGCUGUGAAGCUGAACAAGCAACAGACAGAUAUUGCUGUGAAUUGGGCGGGAGGCCUUCACCAUGCUAAGAAGUCAGAGGCUUCUGGCUUCUGUUAUGUCAACGAUAUCGUCUUGGCUAUCCUGGAGCUUCUCAAGUAUCACCAGAGAGUCCUAUAUAUUGACAUUGAUAUUCACCAUGGAGAUGGCGUGGAGGAAGCCUUUUAUACCACAGACCGUGUCAUGACCGUGUCCUUUCACAAGUACGGAGAAUAUUUCCCAGGAACAGGGGACCUACGGGAUAUUGGUGCAGGCAAAGGCAAGUACUAUGCUGUCAACUAUCCCCUCCGGGACGGGAUUGAUGAUGAGUCCUAUGAAGCAAUAUUCAAGCCGGUGAUAUCCAAAGUGAUGGAGACGUUCCAGCCUAGCGCAGUUGUCUUGCAGUGUGGGUCAGAUUCUCUGUCAGGGGACAGGCUGGGUUGUUUUAAUCUGACCAUCAAAGGUCAUGCCAAGUGUGUGGAGUUUGUAAAAAGUUUUAAUUUGCCUAUGCUGAUGCUGGGCGGAGGUGGCUAUACGAUCCGCAACGUGGCUAGGUGCUGGACCUAUGAGACUGCUGUGGCUUUGGACACUGAAAUUCCUAACGAACUCCCAUAUAAUGACUAUUUUGAGUACUUUGGACCAGACUUUAAGCUCCACAUCAGUCCCUCGAACAUGACGAACCAGAAUACCAAUGAGUAUCUUGAGAAGAUCAAGCAACGUCUCUUUGAGAAUCUGCGCAUGCUGCCUCAUGCCCCUGGCGUCCAGAUGCAGCCGAUUCCUGAGGAUGCUGUUCAGGAAGACAGUGGAGAUGAAGAGGAAGAAGAUCCUGAGAAACGCAUUUCAAUCCGCAAUUCUGAUAAGAGAAUAUCCUGUGAUGAAGAAUUCUCUGACUCUGAGGAUGAAGGGGAAGGAGGGCGCAAAAAUGUUGCCAACUUCAAGAAAGCUAAGCGUGUGAAAACAGAAGAGGAAAAGGAGGAAGAGGAGAAGAAAGAUGAGAAAGAAGAGGAAAAAACAAAAGAGGAGAAAGCAGAACCCAAAGGGGUGAAGGAAGAGACGAAAUCCACCUAA